GCCAUUACCAGUGGCAUGCCUUCCAUCACCGAGCACCUCACGGAACGGAUCUUCAUUCUCAAACACAAACCAAACCUUUUGGAUCCAUCUUUUCUCCCAAACAAAUUUCAUUCUACUCUUUUUCCUUCCCUCUUUCCAUUCCUCAAUUUUUCUAUUGAUGCAAUCCGUUAAAGAGUUAAGCUAUAGAAGAAUCGUGUUCAUCAAUUGAUUUUCCCAUUCGAAAAUGGCAGUUUCUGCCGCCAAUUUCCUUUAUGUCUUCUCGCUCAUUUGUAUUGCAUUGUCUGUCACAUUCAUAUUUUCUUCUGCACUGCUGGCUUGGAUUUUGAGCCGUAUUUUUGGUGCAUCUGUUGGAUUUUGUGUUGGUGGAUGCAACAGUUUAAGAGACGUGGUCGUGAAGUUUAAGAAGGGUCCUACUGAAUCUGUAUCUAUUGGUGAAAUUAAACUCAGUUUAUGCCAUUCCUUUGUUGAACCUGGUGUGGGUUUUCGUUCUUCGAACCCAAGAUUGCAACUAUUAAUAUGUAACUUAGAAGUUGUUACGAGACCGACAAAUAGAAGCUCUGGGAAGAAGAAAACUCAGAAAUCCAAAACUCGUUCUUUAAGCAAGGGAAAGUGGAACACUAUAGUCAAUAUAGCAAGAUAUUUUUCUCUUUCUUUGACAGAGCUAGUUCUAAAGACACCUAUAGGUACUAUUGUGAUCAAGAAACUGAAUGUUGAUAUAUAUAAAGGUGGUGGAUCCGAGCCAAAUUUGUUUGUUAGCGUACAGAUAUUGCCCAUAGUUGUUCACAUUGGUGAUCCUAAAGUUAGUUGUGAUGAAUUAUCUAAAGUUAGUGGCGGAGGAUGCAGUGUUUCUAGCCAGGCAUCUGUUACUCCUAUUGAAAAGUCUUCUGCUUUUAUUUGUGAAAAAUUCUCCGUCUCAUGUGAAUUUGGUCAUUAUAGGGAAGGGGGUAUAAUUAUUAAAAAUGUGGAUAUUUUCUUUGGAGAAGUUACUGUGAAUUUGAACGAGCGGUUGCUUGUGAAAAAAAAAAGGUCAUCAGAAUCUCCAUCUGGUGCUGACAAAAGUAUAGGGUCAAAUGCUGAUCCUAUAAGCACAAAACAGUCUUCAACGAAGCAAGAAAAACUAGCAGGCUACAGUUCUUUGUUUCCGGAGAAGGUGGGCUUCAAUCUAUCAAAGCUUAAUAUGAGUUUUGAGCAUUGUGAAUAUGGACUUUUUGUUGAAAAUAACAUCACGGGCAUCCAAUUUAAUAGCAUCAAAUCCCGCUCCAAUAAAGAUAUUGGGGAGAGUACACGCCUUCAUUUUAAACUGGAGUUCAGAGAAAUUCAUCUGCUUAAAGAAGCUGGCACUUCCAUCCUUGAGGUAUCGAAGGGGAGUUUGGUCUCCUUUGUGUAUAUCCCAGUGCAGUCAAUCACGCUUGUUAGAGCUGAAACUGAAAUCAAGCUUGGAGGUUUACAAUGCAACAUCAUAAUGAGCAGAUUGAAGCCUUGGUUGAUCCUCCACUCCUCGAAAAAGAAAAAAGUGGUUCUUCGAGAGGAAGCUUCUGUUGUAAAACCAAAAUCAAAUGAUAGCAAGAGAAUCACGUGGACAUGUAAAUUUUCAACUCCUAAGAUAACAAUCAUGCUUUACAAUAUGGCUGGUUCGGUGUAUCAUGGUUGCCUACAAUCACCACAUCUAUCUGCAAACAACAUUUCAAAUAUGGGGACUUCAGUACACAUUGAACUUGGUGAGUUCGAUCUCCAGUUGGCUGAUGAAAAUCAAGAAUGCUCAAAAGAAUGCUUUUUUGACGUGGAAUUAGAUUCUUGCUCCAUUAUUCACAUUACAAAGGUUAGUUUGGAUUGGGGCAAAAAGGAUAUGAAAUCCUCCGAAGAAGAUGGUCCGAGGUGUAUGCUAGGUUUAUCAGUUGAUGUUACUAGCAUGGGAGUUUAUCUAACUAUCAAGCGUUUAGAAUCUUUCAUAUCAACAGCGAUAUCCUUUCAAGCUCUAAUGAAAAGCUUGUCUUCAAAGAAAACAUCAACUCAAAGCCGAGGACGUUCAUCAAAAACUUCGGGUAAGGGAACUCAAAUGUUGAAAUGCAAUCUUGUACAGUGUUCAAUAUAUGUAUUGGGGGAGACUGGAUUAGAAAAUACAGUUGUUGCAGAUCCAAAGCGAGUUAAUUAUGGUUCACAGGGUGGGAGAGUUAUAAUAGAUGUGUCGGAAGAUGGUACCCCACGAAAUGCAAAGAUAAUGUCCACUGUUUCCGGUGACUGCAAAAAGCUAAAGUACUGCAUCUCUCUUGAAAUUUUUCAAAUCAGGUUAUCUAUAAACAAGGUGAAACAAUCCACACAGAUAGAACUUGAAAGGGCCAGAUCUAUCUAUCAGGAAUAUGUGGAAGAAAAUAGGCCGGUAACAAAGGUGGCAUUAUUUGAUAUGCAAAAUACUAAAUUUGUAAAAUGCUUAGGUGGCCUCAAAGAGAAUGCAGCUUAUUCUCUUUUCAGUGCUACGGACAUUACAAUGAGGUGGGAGCCUGACGUUCAUCUAUCACUAAUUGAACUUGUUCUCCAGUUGAAACUACUUGUACACAACAAGAAGCUUGAGGAGUAUGGUAAUGAACACGUGGAAGGUUCAUCUAAUGUAAAAGAUGCUAAUUGUAAAAUUGAAGCUACCAUGGAAUCAAAGAAUCUUGAAAAGAAGAAAGAUUCUAUUUUUGCUGUUGAUGUUGAAAUGUUGAAUAUAUCUGCUGAACUUGGAGAUGGAGUUGAUGCUAUGGUUCAGGUGCAGUCAAUUUUUUCUGAGAAUGCUCGUAUAGGAGUGCUCUUUGAAGGACUAAUGAUUAAAUUUAACGGGGCCAAAAUCUUGAAGAGUAGUAGGAUGCAAAUUUCACGAAUUCCUAGUAAAUCUGCUAGUGCAUCUGAUGCAAAGGAACCUGUAGCCACAACAUGGGACUGGGUAAUUCAAGGUCUUGAUGUUAACAUUUGUUUGCCAUACAGGUUGGAAUUGCGUGCUAUUGAUGAUGCUCUUGAGGAUAUGUUGCGAGCUUUAAAGCUUAUUGUGGCAGCAAAGACUAAUUUGAUUUUUCCUGUGAAGAAAGAGAGUUCUAAAGUUAAAAAACCCAGUUCAACAAAAUUUGGAUGCGUAAAGUUUUUCAUACGCAAGUUAACUGCUGACAUUGAAGAGGAACCAAUCCAGGGAUGGCUUGAUGAACACUACCAGCUGUUGAAGAAAGAAGUUGGUGAAUUAGUUGUCCGGUUAAACUUUCUAGAUGAAUUUAUAUCUAAGGCCAAGCAAGAUCCAAAAUCUUCUAAUGAUUUAAACAAUUCUUCUCAGGAGGAAAAAAUUUAUUUUAAUGAUAUGGAGAUUGAUGUAAAUAAUUCUUCAAUUAUUGAAUCCAUGCGAGAAGAAAUUUAUAAACGAUCUUUCCGAUCAUAUUAUGAGGCAUGCCAGAAGUUAGUAUUUUCUGAAGGCUCGGGUGCUUGUAUUGAUGGGUUUCAAGCUGGUUUCAAACCUAGUGCUUCAAGGUCUUCUCUUUUUUCAUUAUCUUUAUUAGACUUAGAUGUAAGCUUGACAAAAAUUGAUGGUGGAGAUGCUGGGAUGAUUGACUUUCUGAGGAAACUUGACCCUGUUUGUCUUGAAUAUGAUAUACCGUUUUCCCGACUGUAUGGAACAAAUAUUCUCUUAAAUACGAGUUCUCUUGUAGUUCAUCUUCGAAAUUACACAUUUCCUCUUUUUUCUGGAAAUUCCGGCAAAUGUAAAGGUUGUCUUGUGUUGGCUCAGCAGGCAACUAGCUUUCAACCUCAAAUACUUCAAGAUGUCUAUGUUGGGCGAUGGAGAAAGGUAUGCAUGCUUCGAUCAGCUAGUGGUACAACUCCACCCAUGAAGACAUACUCAGAUUUGCCACUACAUUUUCAGAACGGUGAUGUGUCAUUUGGGGUGGGUUAUGAACCAGUUUUUGCCGAUCUUAGCUAUGCUUUUACCGUGGUGCUACGGAGGGCUAACCUAAGUAUUAGGAAUCCUGGCCCACUUAUUCUGCCACCAAAAAAGGAGAAGAGUUUGCCAUGGUGGGAUGACAUGAGAAAUUACAUUCAUGGAAGAAUUUCCUUAUUAUUUUCUGAAACUAGAUGGAAUAUUUUGGCUAGUUCAGAUCCUUACGAAAAGCAUGAUAAACUUCAUAUUGUGACUAGCUCUAUGGAAAUUCACCAGUCAGAUGGUCGUAUUCUUGUUUCUUCCGAAGAUUUCAAGAUUUUUCUGACUAGUUUGGAUAGUAUGGCAAACAAACGUGGUUCUAAAAUUCCAGCUGGUGUCUCUGGCACAUUUUUGGAAGUCCCAGUCUUUACAAUUGAAGUUACAAUGGACUGGGGUUGUGACUCUGGAGAACCCUUGAAUCAUUAUUUAUUUGCUCUUCCGUUGUCAGAAAAAAAACAUUCAUCCUCUACAGCAAGAGAUAGUAUAGAAGGAGAUGUUACUGCAUCUCAUCCUCCUAGCAUUAGCCAAAAUAUUUCACCUGCUUCCCCAACAAUAAAACUCGGUGCUCAUGAUCUAGCAUGGAUUGUAAGAUUCUGUAUCUUGAACUACCUUCCUCCACAUAAACUGCGCACCUUUUCGCGAUGGCCUCGUUUUGGAGUUCCAAGAAUAGUCAGAUCAGGCAAUCUUCCACUUGAUAAAGUGAUAACCGAAUUUAUGAUGCGUAUAGACGCCACACCAAUCUGCUUAAAGAACAUGCCUUUACAUGAUGAUGAUCCAGCAAAAGGACUGACCUUCACGAUGACAAAGUUGAAGCUUGAAUUAUGUCUUAGUAGGGGCAAGCAACAUUUUACUUUUGAAAGCAAACGUGAACUUCUUGAUCUUGUUUACCAAGGUAUUGACCUUCUUAGGCCCAAGGCUUUCCUAAUUAAAGAAGAAUCUGGAACUGUUGCUAAAUCAGUUAGUGCGAUACCAAAAAGCUCACAAUCUGCAUCCGAGGAUAAAGCUCCAUCUGAAAAGGGUUAUUUGGCACAGAAAAAUCACGAUGAUGGAUUUCUGUUUUCUUGUGAUUACUUUACCAUACGGAAACAGUCUCCAAAGGCUGAUCCUGCUAGUUUAUUAGCCUGGCAGGAAGCCGGAAGAAGAAACAUUGAGAAGACCGAUGUACAGUCUAAGUGUGAAAAACAGAGCGAAACUGAUGAGCAUAUACGAUCAGACCCAAGCGAUGAUGAUGGAUACAAUGUGGUGAUAGAAGAUGAUGGGUUCAAUGUGAUAAUAGCCGACAAUUGUCAGCGUGUAUUUGUCUAUGGUCUAAAGCUUUUGUGGAAUAUUGAAAACAGAGAUGCAGUUUGUUUCUGGGUUGGCGGUCUAUCGAAAGCUGUUGAACCUGCCAAGCCUUCUCCUUCCCGGCAGUACGCACAGAGAAAACUAAAUGAGAACAACAACGAGCAAGAUGGAACUGAAACUCGUCAAGAUGAUGCAUGUGAAACCCAUCAAAAUGAUGAAACUGAAAUGCAUCGAGAUGAUGGAGCUGAAACCCAUCAAGAUGAAGUUAGUAAGUCCCUUCCCUAUAAAGAUGAAGGAGUUCAAACCCAUCAAGAUGAAGUCAGUAAGUCCCUUCCCACUGGUAAUGUCUCAGAUUCUCCUUCUUCUCUGGAGGCCAGCACUUCUGAAUUCCCUUCAUUCCCAUCAGACUCACUUAUGGUGGACAGCUUACCUUCUGAUGAUUCAGAGGAGGGGACUCGACAUUUCAUGGUUAACGUUAUUGAACCACAAUUUAAUCUCCACUCAGAGGGUGCAAAUGGUAGGUUUUUGCUUGCUGCUGCAAGUGGCCGCGUUUUAGCCCAGUCGUUUCAUUCAGUUCUUCAUGUUGCCCAUGACAUGAUUGAGCAAGCACGUGGUACAACAAAUGAACAUACUAAGGAAUACCAGCCUGAAAUUGCUUGGAAAAGAACGGAGAUGUCUGUUAUGUUGGAGCAUGUGCAGGCACAUGUUGCUCCAACAGAUGUUGAUCUAGGGGCUGGGGUGCAGUGGCUACCAAAAAUUAUUAGAGGCUCUCCAAAAGUAAUGCGUACAGGUGCUCUUCUUGAGAGAGUUUUUAUGCCUUGUGACAUGUACUUUCAGUACACGAGACACAAAGGUGGCACUCCAGAACUGAAGGUGAAGCCCUUGAAGGAGCUCAAGUUCAAUUCUCAUAAUAUUACUGCAGCAAUGACAUCUCGCCAGUUUCAGGUCAUGUUGGAUGUGUUAAACAAUCUUCUAUUUGCACGACUUCCAAAGCCUAAAAAAAGUAGCCUGACACUUGCUGUUGAAGACGAUGAAAAUGUCGAAGAGGAAGCCGAUGAGGUGGUUCCUGAUGGCGUUGAAGAGGUGGAACUUGCAAAAAUCAACCUCGAAAAGAAAGAGAGGGAGCAAAAGUUGCUUCUUGAUGAUAUGAAAAGGUUGUCUUUUUGGUGUGACCUGUCGAAAGAUGUACAACCAGAAAAGGAACCAGAAUUGUGGAUGAUAGAUGGUGGAAUAGCCAUGCUGGUCCAAGGACUGAAGAGAGAACUUGUAAGUGCACAAAAAUCCAGGAAGGAAGCAUAUGCAUCAUUAAGAAUGGCUAUGCAAAAAGCUGCACAGCAGCGGCUAAUGGAGAAGGAAAAGAACAAAAGUCCUACCCAUGCUAUGCGCAUAUUUUUACAAAUUAACAAAGUUGUUUGGAGCAUGCUUCUUGAUGGUAAAUCCUUUGCUGAAGCCGAAAUCAAUGACAUGAUCUAUGACUUUGACCGUGAUUAUAAGGAUGUUGGUGUUUCUCGGUUUACAACAAAGUAUUUGGUUUUCAAAAACUGUCUUCCCAAUGCCAAAUCUGAUACGAUUUUGUCAGCGUGGAAUCCUCCAGCUGAAUGGGGAAAAAAAGUCAUGCUUCAAGUUGAUGCGAGACAGGCAGCUCCAAAGGAUGGAAGUUCUCCCUUUGAACUUUUCCAAGUAGAGAUAUAUCCACUUAAGAUCCAUUUAACAGAGACAAUGUACAGAAUGAUGUGGGGAUAUUUCUUCCCAGAGGAAGAACGAGAUUCACAACGCCGGCAGGAAGUUUGGAAGGUCUCAACCACAGCUGGUGCAAGGCGUGUAAAGAAAGGUCCACCAGCCCAUGAAGCUUCUACUUCAAGCAAUCACCCAGCAAAAGAGCCUGAGGCCUCAUCCAAAUCUGCCAUCUCUGCAAUGUUAUUUCCUGCAACCAAUCAACCUCCUGUCCAUGUUGGUUCUGCCCAGGCAUCCAAAGCACAAAAUGUCAAAGUAGUUCCUGGUAAUGGUCCAACCCCCGAGUUGAGAAGGACAUCUUCUUUUGAUAGGACUUGGGAAGAGACUGUGGCAGAAUCUGUAGCUGAUGAACUCGUCGUACAAAGCUUUGCUUCCAACAAAAAUGGUCCAUUUGGCUCUACUGAGAAACUAGAUGAAGCAUCUAAGAGUAAAUUAAAAGAUCCAAAAGGUGUAAAAGCUGGUCAAUCAUCUCUUGAAGAAAAGAAAUCUAGGCCACCAAAGAUAAUGGAAUUUCACAACAUCAAAAUUAGUCAGGUGGAAUUGUGUGUUACGUAUGAAGGGACAAGGUUUGUUGUAAACGAUAUGAAAUUACUAAUGGAUCAAUUUCAACGAGUCGAGUUUACCGGGAGCUGGAGAAGACUCUUCUCACGAGUUAAGAAGCACAUCAUCUGGGGAGUCCUGAAGUCUGUGACUGGCAUGCAGGGGAAGAAAUUUAAAGACAAAGGUCAGAAUCAGCCAAGUGGAGCUAGUGUUCCGGAAAUUGACCUUCAUUUAAGUGACAAUGAAGGCCAUGCAGGAAAACCUGAUAAGUAUCCACCAACUUGGCCUAAGCGUCCUACUGAUGGAGCAGGCGAUGGAUUUGUAACAUCUGUUAAAGGAAUAUUUAACACUCAACGACGCAAGGCAAAGAAAUUUGUGCUCAAGACAAUGAAAGGUGAUGGAGAAAAUGAAACUCAAGGAGAUUGGAGUGAAAAUGAUGUAGAGAUCUCUCCUUUUGCUAGGCAACUCACAAUAAUAAAAGCUAAAAAGCUUAUUAAGCGGCACACUCAGAAAUUCCACUCUAAAGGACAAAAAGGUCCUUCCUUAAUACAAAAAGAAGAACUAUCAUCAUCUCCACAAGAGAUAACUACACUACCAUCAUCUCCACAAGAGAUUACAUAUGACAGUGAUUCGUCAAGUGGAUCCUCAUCCUAUGAAGCUUUUCUUGAAUAGAAAUGUCUAUUUCAAGGAAUUCUCACUUUUCAGCUGAGCAUGAAGCACGUUUCAUCUGGUUCUCAAAUGACUAAAAGGAGACAUAUGAUGAACACUUAAUAGAAAACAAUUGGAGAGGAAGAACACUAAAUGGAAGGACAAAUUAUGACUCAACAUUAGACAAUGAAUGAUUGAUGCGGAUUUCUAUUCAGAUAAUAUGAUCAUGGCUAUCUCAGUCAUUGUAGAUAAUUGCAUUCAUCUCUUGUCUUACAUUUUCUAUCCCUUGUCAACCACAUUUUCCAAUCUAACAUGCUGUAUUUCUUGUCAAUCUCACUCAUUAAUGUCUAGACUUACAGUCUUUUGUGUCAAACAUUUUCUGGUUCAUAUUCUUGUAGCUUCUGGUGAAUGUGUAAUUUUGGGUUCCUUUAUUUUUAAGAAAAUAGAAACAUAAAAGGUUGAUUACAUUUUCAAAAUUAGAAUA